CUUUCUUCCUGACCGUCACGAGCAGAUACUACACACCGUCUCGAUACCCCGAUGUCUAUAGCUCAAGGACUAUCAUCGGCGCAGAUGCUCGUGUCUGAGCCUUCUCCGCAUGUCUUGCACGUCCAGCUUUCCCGUAAACCAGUGAACGCAUUUACGACUGAGUUCUGGAAAGAGUAUGGCGAUCUGUUCGACAGGAUCACCCGUGAAGCGAGAGAUGUACGCGCCGUAGUCCUCUCUUCCGCAUUCCCCAAGCUUUUUACCGCUGGAAUCGACGUCGGUGAGCUGUCUGCCAGCCUGGAGAAUACCGACUUCCCAGACCCCGCACGAAGAGCGCUCUCCUCCUUGCACCAUGUGCACGAAUUCCAGCACGCCAUCGGCGCGCCAGACCGAUGCCCUGUCCCGGUGAUUGCCGCCGUGCACGGACUCGUCGUCGGCCUGGGGAUCGAUAUCAUCUCCGCUUGUGAUAUCCGGUACGGCGCGGAGAACUCCAGGUUUACCAUCAAGGAAGUCGAUGUCGGACUGGCAGCUGAUAUCGGGACCCUCUCGUAUCUCCCCAAGAUCACCGCAAACCACUCGCUGGCGAAGGAAUUGGCGUACACUUCCCGAUUCUUCACCGCGUCUGAUGCUCUGAGACUGGGUCUUUUGUCUACAGUCGUGCCUGGAGGAAAGGAUGAGGUUGUCAAAGCCGCCCUGGAGCUGGCGGCUGAGAUCGCGAGCAAGAGCCCACUCGCAGUUUCUGGGACGAAGCGAAUUUUGAAUCAUGCAAGAGAUCACAGUAUCGAGGAGAAUCUAGAGUACACGGCGAUUUGGAACUCGGCGGCGUUGCAAACCAAGGAUAUUCCCGAAAGCUUACUUGCUGUGAAGGAGAAAAGGCAGGCUGAAUACGCGCCGUUGAUGAAACCUAAGCUGUGAGGGGUACACGAAUCGAGAGAAAGAAGAAGUCUCAGGUCACACUGAUGUCUACUGGUCCCCGUCCAAUAUGUUUACAGCUUAUUGCAUAUAUUUUUGGAAUGAAUGCACCGGGCAGUGUUGCUUCAGAUAUGGGGAA